GUCAAUUUCAAUGUACGAUUACGACAGUCAUCAGAAAAAUAAUAAUAAACAUGGUCGAGGGAGUGAUCUACUUGUUUUUUUCUGAUUCUUUCGGGUGACCGACGCAACCAGUGAUGUUGACGUGAAAAGAACAUGGCGUGGUCGUACUCGUUUCACUCUACUAGCCGAGACUAGCUUAGUCCGGUUUUCCAGAACAAGAGGCGUAACGGUUCCGAAAGCGACGCGGUUGUGAUUGAAGAUGCCGAAGAACGUUACCAGAUCCAGACUGUCGGUCUCGGCGAAGCUGCUGGCGUUUACGUUUGGAAACGGUAAUAUUCAUUCGAUUUCAUCGGAAGAAAUUCAUAUUCAUUCACAUGACAUCUAUUGGCUUGGCUUCCAUCGUCUUUGUGUAUUGGUGAUUUUCAUGCAUUAUAUCAGCCGCCCGCACCCGAAUGCAAGAACAUGCAGUGACAUCGUGUGAUGCGCUACAUGAGGCACAUGCUGCGCAUGCGGUGGUGGAGAAUUAACUUGAAUGUUGUAAAUCAAUACAAAGUAAGAUUUAGCGAUCGAAGUAGAUAGCCAAAGAUUAACAAGAUUUAAUAAUUCUUCAGGCCUAGCCGUCGUGGUGGACCGGGACACGAGGAAGCAACUGGAAGAGGUCGAGUCGUUCCAUGGUUCCGUUUAUCAAAUGCAACAAUGUCUGGGUCUGGAAGAGUGGAUGUUUGUCAUGCUUGUCUGGCAUGAUGACUCUUAAAUCUGUCGUGCACGUUACCCAAGAGCUCCACUUUUCUGUCAUGCAGAAACGCAGUUUGUCAUGCAGAAUAGGCAAGAACACCUAGAAGCUCACAAACUUGUCAUGCUGAGCCAGCAUUUGUGCUCAUGAGACGCCACCCAGCAUCACAAGUUUCCAGACCCAGACACUUUUGCAUUUGAUACCGUUGCUGGUGUCGGACCCGAUGGAAACGACCAGAAGCAGGAGAACAACAACGAGUUGUACUACGGCGACGAGGCAGAGGAGGACGCUCCGGCCAGCGAGAUGAAUGAUGGACAAAUUGGAGAACCUUCCGUGGUGAUGUUCAACAUCUCGCCCGAGGCCGCGCAGGCGCAAGCAAUGGCUGAACACGUGGACGGUGGACAGUCGAUCGGGAACGUAAUCCCCGGCACUGCCACCAGACUGCACUCCUACACCUGCUGGUGGCGGGCAGAAGAAAGGACACUAUUCACGAAUCAGGUGUGGGUUAUAUCGAUGGGAAAAACAAAAGCAGCAGCACCAUUGCCGCUGUCCAUAUGAAUAAGAAUGAUUUGGCUUUGCAUCUUUCAGCUUAAUGCAUUUUUCUAGACUUGCACUUGCAUGAUCUUUUGGUGCAUGCAUGGGUCAUGAGCCAACUUUUUCUUUAUUGUCCUGCCUGACCAACCGAACUUUAUUUUCCUGCCUGAACAACAUUAAGGAUAAGGACAGGAACAGAUGAUGAGCAUUGUCAUUCAUCAAGAACAGUGGUGCUGCGCGCCGCGUUUUCUUUGUUGAUAUCGCGAAGCGGGUUGCUACUACGGUUUCACCUAUUUUUCGGGGCGAGCAAAGAGGGGGAAGAGAGCGCAUUCGGAUUGCUGCGUGGAAGUGGAUGACGGGGCGGGAAGGAAAAAAUGCCGGCGACAGAACUUGCGCAGAUUGCCUGUGACCUGCCCGGUGUACGAGUCUGGCGAGUUGGCCUCCUGGACAAGGUAAGCUUCGGGAAGCAGCAGGAGUGCGCCUUCGCUAUCACUUCAAAAAAAAUCAAAAACAAAUACUAACUUACAAACAAAAGUGUAAACUACUAGAGCAACAGCAAGACUAUACGGAUAUUAUGACGCUGCUUACGACCAGAAGUGCCACUACUAGUAGACAAAGGAAUAGAAGUGAAAAAUAGAAUGAAGAGAGGAAAAGCAUGCACAGCUGUGCGCUGUGCUUGAAGAGUAAAAACGAUCGCCACGUACUGGAACUCGUAGCGCACGACACUUUUUGGAUUUGAAAUACAAAUAGGCUCUACGAGAUCGCCUAUUAUGAAUUCAAAAAGCAAGACGUCCAUGUCGAGGACCAGGCAGCAAUUUACUCCAGACGGCCGCAAAGUCGAAUAUUGUAUAUUACAUACGCAAUUUUUGUGCUUGUAUAAUGUAUAUUCAAUUGCUAUUGUAUAAAUGUUGUCAGAGAUUUUUGUUUGCACUCUUUUAUAGCAAUACUCGGCUCGACCACAGACGUCGAAAU